AUGAAUUCCAAUACCAUCAUAUAUGGCCAACCACAACCACAACAACCACAACAACCACAACAACCACAACAACAGCAACGUGAGAUACUUCAAUCGACACAACAACAACAAGUACAACAAGUUCAACAAGUCUUACAACAAGAAGUGGCAAAUGAACAAAACUUUUUAUUAAGUGGUGCCCCAGAAGUUGGUAAGUUAACUCAAGCAGAUAUAAAAGUAACAGAAAACAAUCUGUUGAUUACUCCUACAUCAAAUAAUACAAAUACAAACAAUACUCCGAUUACUACAAUGGGUACAAACUCAAUUAUAGGAACACUGGGAUCAGGUUUAAAUAAACCAGUCAGACCUAAUCCUUUCAACUUUUCCGAAUUCUCAUUCCAUAGUCCAUUUGAUGUCAAUUCAUAUCCAAUCACAAACCCUCCAAUAUUCGAUUCAACGUUACUCUUACCAUUUUCUUCAGAUGGCGUCCCAAGAAGAAGAAGAAUUUCUAUUUCAAAUGGUCAAAUUGGUCAGAUUGUUAAUCAUGAAGCAUAUUUUGAUAAUGAUGAUAUGAGUUCCAUUCUCGAUCAAGAUUUACAAUCUCUUUCUGGAACAAAUAGAUAUAAUGAUUUUAAUAAACCACGGACCGGAAGUUUAAGUGAUGGUUUCAAUCAACAAACAGGGCUUUUCCCUCCACCAUCUCUGGGUCCAUAUUCACCAUUAUCUCAAAAUACAACUCCGAACAAUUCAUCUCCUAUUUCAGGAAAUAAUGUACAACAAUUUCCACCACAGCAGCAACAAAUUCCUCUUCAAAACCAAACCAUCGGAGUUCCAAUACAACAACAACAGCAGAUACGAUCGCAGCAACAGUCAGCACCUCCACCACAAAUAGUGUCCGGUGUGGCUGGGGUGCCUCCACCAAAUCAUCAAUUGAUUUACAAUAAUGAGGUGAUUUUUAACCCCAACAAUGGACCAAUCCCAGGAACAGCUGCUUGGAAAAAGGAGAGAUUAUUGGAAAGAAAUAGAAUUGCCGCAUCCAAAUGUAGACAACGUAAAAAACAAGCUCAAGUACAACUUCAAGAUACUGUUACAAAACUUGAAAAAGAUUUGGAAAAGAGUAAAUCACAAAUAAAGAAAUUGGAAUCAGUUUUACAAAUUUAUAAUAAAACCUUAAAAGAACAUUUUGAGAAUGGUAGUGAUUUAAAUAAAUUAAAAGAAAUUGUUAGCCAAAUUGAUAAAACCCUGAAAUCCUAA